CGGCUCGCCGCUGACUUGCCGUCGCUGACGACUAAGCACGCCGCCACCCAGAUUCGCAACCAGCCACCAUGCCAGGCCCAUCCCCGACCCAAACAGCCCAACCAGACCCAAAACCCAAGAACCACCGCCGCCGCCUUCUCUUCCUGGCGCCGCCCCUUCUCGCGGUCGCCGUCGCCCUCCUCCUGGGCGCCUCUACGAACCCGCUACCUCGUCGGUUCCUCCGCCUUCUCCUCGGGCCGAAGACCUCCGUUCUCCGCCCAGCAGAGCCUCGUCCUGCGGCCGACCCCUCCCCCGACGCGGGACGCCCACCAUGUGUUCUGUGGAUGGCCCCAUUCGUCUCCGGCGGCGGGUACUGCUCCGAGGCAUGGUCCUACGUCGCGGCGCUUGACGCGCACGCCGCCGUGGGGGCGGGCAAGAACUUCACGCUCGCCAUCGCCCACCACGGCGACCUCGAGUCGCCGGAGUUCUGGUUCGGCCUGCCGGAGCAGUCCAAGAACCUGGCGUACAGGCUCGCCGCCACGCGGUGUGAGCUCGCGCGCGCCGUGGUCGUCUGCCACAGUGAACCCGGCGCGUGGUACCCGCCAAUGUACGAGGCCCUGCCCUGCCCGCCCACCGGGUACGACGAUCCGGCGUUCGUCAUUGGCCGGACUAUGUUCGAGACUGACCGUGUCUCGCCGGAGCACGUUAGGCGGUGCAACCAGAUGGACGCUGUCUGGGUGCCGACUGACUUUCAUGUCUCCACGUUUGUGAAGAGCGGCGUGGAUCGUGCCAAGGUUGUCAAGGUGGUGCAGGCUGUGGAUGUCGAGUUCUUUGAUCCAGCGAAGCAUGUGGCGCUUCCUCUACCGAUUGGUGUGCCUGUCAUGAUGCCUGAAGGUUCGAGAUUGGAACAUGGUGACCCCAAAGGCAGAGGCUUUGUGUUUCUUAGUGUAUUCAAAUGGGAACAGAGGAAGGGCUGGGAUGUGCUGCUGAGGGCAUUCUUGCAGGAGUUCUCUGGAGCUGAUGAUGUGGUACUGUACCUCCUAAUCAAUGCCUACCACUCUGACACGAACUUCAUUGGAAAAAUCCGCAGAUUUGUGGAAGAAUCCAGCAUUAAGGAGCCUGUGAAAGGAUGGGCUGAAAUCCGGGUUAUCGAUGAGCAUGUCCCACAGUCUUCACUUCCAAGUUUGUACAAAGCCGCUGAUGCAUUUGUUCUGCCAACCCGCGGCGAGGGGUGGGGCAGACCGGUGGUCGAAGCCAUGGCCAUGGCUCUGCCCGUGAUUGUGACGAAUUGGUCAGGCCCAACGGAGUAUCUGACUGAGGAGAAUGGGUACCCAUUGGACAUCGAUAGGCUGACUGAGGUCACGGAAGGACCAUUUAAGGGCCACCUAUGCGCUGAGCCAUCAGUUGAUCAUCUGAGGGCUUUAAUGAGAUAUGUCAUUGGUGAUAGAGAGGAGGCAAGGAGUAAAGGGAAGAAGGCGAGGGAGGACAUGAUGAAGAAGUUCUCUCCAGAAAUUGUUGCAAGGAUUGUUGCUGAUAAGAUACAACAGGCUCUUGUCAAUACUCAGUUGACAGAAGAUUGAACAAUGACCACAAAGUGCCACUAGAAAGUUGAUACACCAUGGAGGCAUGGAAUGCUAUGUAUGUGUUGUGCGACCUUAGUCAUUAAUUUUCCUAGGAUUCAUACAUAACAUCUUGUUGUGAUUUGAGAGAAUUGUGACAGCUGUUCAUUGCCUUACGUGAUGCUGAAUUAAAUGUUCU